AUGGGGGACAGCCCGCCGGGCUCCGGCCCCCACCCCCCCCCGUGUGGGUACGUGACGGGCGGCCCCGCUCUGCCCUCCCACCCCCCUCCCUCCUGCCGUGGGACGGCCGGACUUAAGGCCGCGCUGUCGGUGCGUUCCCCCGGUAUCGGCGUUCCCCGCUGCGUUCCGCUGCCUCCUCCCAACCGCCGCCGCCGCUGUUGGGCUCCGCACGGAGCCCGGUGCCGCUCCGUGGCCGUACCGCAGCCCCGCGCCCUGGCGCAGGACGCAAAGACCCGCCUGCACGAGUCGCAGCAGCCCGAUUUGCAGCAGCCCGAUUUGCAGCAGCCCGAGUCGCAGCAGCCCGCUGCCGAGGGCGAUGCCGGCCCCGCCGCCGCGCUGCAGAGGAGCAGCAAGAAGAGGAAAAGCGCGAGCAACGCGCAGCCACGCAAAAAGGUCCCACCUCGGGACGCCCUGGGACGGCUGCCGCGCCUGCGCCCCUUGUAUCAGUACAUCAACCUGACCACGGAGCUGAUGUGCCCUGCAGAAGGGGAAGGCUCAGCAGCAGCAGCCCACAGCCGAUGAGUGCUCAGAGCCAAGGAGCAGCCGAGCUGCCACCCUUCAGAACAGCAUGUCGGUAUUCUUCUUUCUGUCAGAGUUUGCAACUGUGUUGAAAGGAAAUAAAUACCUGAAGGCAAA